AUGGCAACUGAAGCUCAACCCACCCGUGUCACUCAGCUGGCUCAAACCAUUAGCGACUCUGUCGCAGCCCUGCAAGCCAGUCUGGCUGCAAAGGGUCUCCCCAAUCCGUCAGUGGACGAAAAUGCCCCUAUUGACUACUUUCCUCCCGAGUCUUUGGCGGAUCGCAAUGCCGCCAUCGACGCCGCCACCGAGCUCUUCAAUAUUUUGAUGGAUCCACUGGAUCUGGUCAAACAUCACAGCGGCACCACCACCUCCAUACCUCUCCAGUUCAUCGCCAAAUAUGGCAUUGCCAGCUUGGUCCCGGCUAGUGGGCAGAUCUCCUUUGCAGACCUUGCCGCAAAGUCAGGCCAAAGCCAGGAGCUUGUCACGCGCAUGGUCCGGUUCGCCAUGACUAUGUUCAUCUUCAAGGAGCCCCAGCCCGGCUUCGUCUCUCACACGAGCAGCUCCAAGUUGAUGGCGACUUCGUCUAUGAGGGAAUGGAUGCUGCUCGGGACUGAGCAUUUCUGGCCUGCAGCUGUCAAAACAGUGGAAGCGUUGGAAAAAUGGCCUGGAUCCUCCGAGCCCAACGAGACGGGCUUCUCCCUCUCCAAAAACACAGAUCAGUCCAUCUACGAUAUCGUCAGUAGUGACCCUGCACUUGCAUCUCGGUUCGCCACUUCCAUGGCCGUCUUUGCAAAACGCCCCGGCUUCGACAGCUCUCACGUCACCGCCGGCUACGACUGGGCCUCUCUCGCCGGGUCGGGCCCCAGCGGCCGCGCUCAAGUCGUCGACGUCGGCGGCGCCCGCGGUCACAUCGGAGUGGCGCUGGCUCAAAAGUUUCCAAACCUGGACGUUGUCGUGCAGGACUUUCCCCAGGUUGUGCAGGGCGCCGAGUCGGAGCUGCCUGUCGAAUUGAGGGACGGCUGCCGCAUCUCCUUCAUGGGUCACCACAUGUUUCACCCGCAACCGGUUUCUGCCGACGCCUACCUCUUCCGAUGGAUCUUCCACAACUGGUCCGACAAGCAUUGCGUCGCUGUACUCCGCGCCCACAUCCCAGUCAUGAAGCCCGGCGCGCGUAUCAUCAUAAUGGAGAGGAUCAUGCCGGAUCCAAAUGAAGACACCCCUCUAGCGUCAGUUUCGCUAUGGGAAGAGAAGGAUAUGAGGUCUGAUGAUCUAGUCAUGGCAUCCACGUUCAACGCACGAGAGCGAUCGCUGUCUGAAUGGAAGCACCUGCUCACCGAGGCUGACCCCAGGUUCGUCUACCAGGGUGUUGAACAGCCAAAAGGGUCUACUUUGGCACUUGUUACAGCAAAGUGGUCUUCGUCUUAG